AAGAAGAGAUCGAGAACGCCUAAAAAAGACGGGCGGACAUUACAUUAACGGAGCAGUUGGUUAUUUUGCUGUCGUUCAAGACAUGACCACGUAAAGAUGAGAUCGUAACCGAGACGAUGUCUCUCAGCCUGCAGGAUGUCCAAGUCCAUGUCAAAGAGAAAUCUUCUGAAAACCAUUCUUGAUGAAGAGAAUGAGCAAGACAAGAGGGGAUUGAGAGCAAGUACAUUGUCAGAGCAGCAAAGAAACAGGACACUGGUUAAAAAAUAUGGAGAAUUACAACAAUUACUGUUAGACCAGUACACUCAAAGCCAAGCACUGUUACAACAACAAUUUCUACAGAUGCAACAGAGUGCUGCAGCUAUGUUGAGAGCUGAAUCAACAGGGAAUCAUGGGUUGAAAUAUUCAUAUAAUAGUGAACGUGAGCAUGGGAGAGAGAGGCAUCACAGAGUGCGAUCAGCUAGAUAUGAUGAACGCAGUAAAGGACAUACAGUUGCGAAAACUGAUACUGAAUAUAAAAACUUAGCAAAACAUGUUUUGAUUAAAAAUAGACCUACUCUCCAAAAAGAGAAAGAAAACAAUGACGAUUAUUUUGAGGAAGUUAUUGAAGCUGUUGCUAUGGAGACAAAUGUUCACAAAGACGAUGUCUCCAGUUCUUCUUCUCACUACUCCUCUGAUUAUGAGAGGGAGGAAAAUGAGAGCUACAUUGAUGAUGAGGACAGUGAUGAUGAGGAGGAGGAGGAGAGUGGAAAUGAAUCAAGACGAAAAAGAGUUUCCUUUUCUGAAAUGAUGAGUAAAGCUGAAAGUGAGUUCAAUCCCAGAUCAAUUCUCAUUGCUGACACACCCCCUGGAAGAAGUAUACUGAAACAUCAUUUGACACGACAAAGAAUGGAGCACACACAUCCAGUUGACACCCAUAAGUUCACCUUGAAGGAUGAAGAGACUGUCAGACUUGCUACUAAUUUGUUAUCUAUGUUACAUCUCCCAGCAACUAGAUUCGGAAUUCCUCCAAUCGAUCCGAGAGACAGUAUUGAGAAGGAGAAGCCUGGCAGGCCAGUUAGGAGAAAAACAAAAAGAAAAGAAAGAAAAACACCAACUCAAAGCCCAACACCUCCAUUUUCACCCCGUGAACCCAAAGUAUUUAUGCCGUCAGACCAUGAUUUGAGAAGUACACAGAAUGCAGAAAUCCUUGGCUGGCUGAAGAAGAAGAAUGCAGCACUGAGAAAGCAAAAGAGAGAGCAACGCAAAAAAGAGAAACGGAAAAGAAAUGUUGAGAAAUAUGAGAUGGAAGAAAAAAUUGAAAGAUUAGUGAAGGCAGAGGAUUUGUACACAGACUGGAUGAAAUCAAAGAAAAAAGAAGAGCUCUAUAUCAGAAAGGAACAAAGAAAACAAAAAGAGUUAGAAAUGUCUAGGUUAGAGGAAGAGAGGAUCGAGAAAGCUAGGAGAUUGGAAGAACUAAAUGCCAGGGUAGCACAAAAACGAGCUGCAAUAGCAGCACAGAAAAAGAAACUUAAAAUAUCUAAACGCAGGACCGAGGCAAAAAAAGAUGAUGAAGAAAAGGACACUGGUGGCCAUGGUGAUGCUGGGGUGGAAAAAGAAAAAGAAGAGAAUGAUGUAAGUAGUACAGUGAAACUGGAUGCUAAGAGGAAAAACAGGAGAGGUAAAAAUAAGGUGCAUCCGAUGAGUGCUACUUAUCCAACUAGAAGUUUGUCAAGUCCAAGUGAAUAUAGAUACAAGAGGCCUUUCAGUGGUGGAACACCUGUCAAAAAUGAUAGAAUGAAUGGAGAAGACAGGCCACCAUUGUCACGCUAUCAACCCAAAAGAAGUACCAAUCCUAUGGCUGGGAUGAACUAUGAUGAAUGGUUGAAGCAAAAACACAAAGAUGAUAAACAUAAGCAGCUUCAAGAUGAAGUAAGCAAAGCUAAAAAUGCCUGGAGUGAUCCAGAUCUGCAGAAUAUCAUCCCUAAACUAGCAAAAGAAAGAAUUGCACGUGUAACAGAAUCAAAGUUUAAAAUUGACACUGGGCUUAAGAAGUCGCCAAGAGACAAGUCUCAGAGUCCCCAGAGACCCACAUCGGCAAGCACUGCAACUUUAACAGAAGUACCCAAAUCGGAAGAUGAGGGACCAACAAGUUACAAAUGGAAUGCUGACAUCACAGAUGGGAAAGAACCAAGGGCAUCUGUGGACUCAAGACCAAGCACUGCACCAUCAAUGAAAGGAAGACCAGGUGCUUCUCCUAGGAAGCCACGACCUCCAUCAACAAACCGACCAUCAUCAACUACCAGGAAAACUCGAGUGACAAGCACCAGUCAAAUUGAACGACCAGAGCCACAAGGAUGUGAAAUUCCUGAUGGGGUUCAAAAAAUUAACACUGACACUAAACAUGAACCUGUAACAUCUAAUGAAAAGAAAGGAAAAAAACAACCAAAGGUAGUUACCAAUAGAACUAAAAAAGAGGACAAAGAAACAGCUGGACAACAAGAAGAGAAAUGUGAAACAUCAGAAACAAAUACGAAGGACGAAAUCAACCAAUCAGAGGAAAAGAAUGUUGACCAAUCAAUAGACAGCAAUAUGGAACUUGAUGACAAACAUUCUGAAAAGAAAAAAGUUCAUUUUAAUCUCAGUGAGAACCAAGAAGUUCCACCACCAGAAUCAGAAAGUGAUCAGAGACUGGAGGAUUUGUUACAGAAAAUAAACAUUGUCGAUGAUUUUCUGAGAACAGAUGGUCAGGAAAAUGUUACAGACGAUACAACAGAAAAUAAUAACACUGAUACUGAUCCCAAUGUUAAGGCAAGCUGUGUAGAUGAUGGAGAAAGUCAUCAUGAACAGCAAAGUAAACCACAGAAUGAAGAAAAAAAUGAUAUUGACAUUGUAAGUGAAGAACACAAAGGGGACAAUCUGACUGAGCAGAAAAACUCUGAAAAUAAUAGUAUUAGUAAUGAUGAUGAUGAUGAUGAUGAUAACAGUAAGAAUGUUGCUGAUGAGACGGGAAAUGUAGGAACAUCAAAAGCAAAUGAUGAAGAAGAAACUCCUGCUAAGCUGGAGGAAACUGAAUUUGAUGACAAUGAUGAUAUUAUUGAGGGUGAUGAUAUUGAGAAUUCUGAUACUGAAAAAAGUUAUGAUAAUAGUAAAGUUAAUGUUUUUCUCACACAAUAA